AUGGCUGCGCAUACGAAACCACUCAUCUUACACGCCCACGCGACCGGGCCAAAUCCAAUCAAGAUCGCGAUCGCACUGGAAGCACUGAAAGUUCCAUACGUUGUCAAACAGUGGGAUUUUAGUGAUAGCCCAGACACUGGCGUCAAAGGAAAAACAUUCCUCAAAGUCAACGAGAACGGCAGGGUACCAGCGCUCGAGGAUCCAAUGACUGGCGUUGUCUCGUGGGAGUCUGGGGCAUGUAUGAACUAUAUUCGAAGGGUGUACGACACGAGUAACAUUAUUGGACCACCUGGAACUUCAGCUCAAGACUUGGUUGAUUUCGAUAAGUGGGAAUAUUUCCUGUUGACUACCCUAGGUCCAAUGACUGGACAGGUAAAUUGGUUCAAGCACUACCAUUCACAGAAGAACGACGAUGCAUUACAGAGAUACGUUGCUCAGGUUUAUCGGUGCUAUGACGUUGUUGAAGGCCAGUUGAAGAGGUCGAACGGCACAAGUAUCUUGCCUACUCGAGUGAGUGCCGUCGACUUUCAUUUCGAACCCUGGGUGCGACAGCAUGCGUUCGCUGGUCUCUCGCUAGACAACUACCCGUUGAUCCAUAAGUGGCUCGGUUUGAUGGCGGCUCGAGAGGAUGUCGAAGAGGCUUACGCGAAGGUCCAGCUUUCUGCAAAGAAAUAA